GUCAUGGACAAUGGACGUCGAUAUUCCAAUAAUUUCUUCAAUCGUAAUUUUACGAUUAUUUUAGGCUUUAUCUUCAUAUGUUAAUUAAAUUUUUUAACGCGGUAUCUAAUCUUUGAAGUCUGCAUGAUUGUGAAUUAAUCCGAUAGUGUUUCAGUUCGUAAUGUAAUGAACGAACGUCUUCAAUAAAGCGUAACCGUGAGUUUAGAGACAUAAAUUAUUGUUUCGUUUGAAUUUUUUGCGUCUUUGACAAAUGUGAUUUGGUGCUCGCAAUGGAGGAUUAUAAAUUUCUCUUCAAAGUUGUGUUGGUGGGUAAUGCGGGCGUGGGCAAAACAUGUUUAGUGCGUCGUUUCACUCAAGGACUUUUCCCACCUGGACAAGGUGCCACAAUAGGUGUAGAUUUCAUGAUCAAGACUGUGGAAGUGGACGGUGAGAAAGUGAAGCUACAAAUAUGGGACACAGCAGGUCAGGAGCGGUUCAGAUCAAUCACCCAAAGCUACUACAGAUCAGCGCACGCACUUAUUUUGGUUUAUGACAUAUCUUGCCAGCCCACAUUUGACUGUCUGCCCGACUGGUUACGGGAGAUUGAGGAGUAUGCCAAUAAUAAAGUACUUAGGAUAUUAGUUGGUAACAAAACAGACAGGGAAGACAGGGAGAUCCCGAGGCACAUCGGCGAGGACUUCGCGCAGCGCCACGGGAUGUACUUCCUGGAGACGUCGGCCAAGGAGGCGGAGAAUGUCGAGAGGCUGUUCAUGGAGAUCGCCGUCGAACUCAUGGAGCAAGCGAAAUGCAAGGAACUGCCAAAGUACGACGGCAGCCUGGGCCCCAUCAACGGUAAGACCACGUCAGUCGGCGACAGCGGGUGCUGCCUCCGCUAAACAACGAAUUUAUCUUGAUGAUGUCGUGAUUGUCAUUCUUGCAUUCUGAGACGCAUUCAAACAAACGUAGGAAAAAUGAAAAGUGAAGGUCCGUUUAUAUCUACAGAUAUUGCGCGUGCCAGACACGUGCCAAAAUCGUUCAGACAAAAUUUGGUGUCUGCGUGGCCGUGUAACGAUAGAUAUAAAAACGUUAAUAGAUACGUAUAAAAGAAUAUUAUUUUGUCUGCUACGGCACGUGUCUGGCAAGCUCAAUGUCUGUAGAUAUAAAUGGACCAUAAUGGGAACUUGUAGACCAAGUUUUUAACAAAGCGGAAAGAAGAAGAGAUAACUGAUGAGUUUUAAUAACCAAUCACAUUUCCGAACGAAGCUGAGCUCAAAUCUGAUUGGUUAUUCAAAGACAACUCCUUUCCGCUUUGGUGGAAGCCGGGCCUUAGUGAGGACGAUUUGUAGUGCCAGUAUAUCUUUUACAUAAUCAGUCGACCUUAAUAAUGCAUGAGUGACUUUUUUUAACUAUUUGUUCAAACGAAUCUCAGAAGUUUGUAUUAUGCGUCUUAGAAUACAAGUUCUAUGAGUACCUAGUAAUGUGUACUGCGCUGUGGUAUUUUUAUAGGGGAUCAUUUGUUAUAGGAUUUUAUAUGUAAUUUCUUUAAGCUUUCAAUUUCAAGUAGUUUGGCGUUAAUUGAGUUGUCCGUUGUGUGAAUCCUAAAACAUUUUUCUUCACUUUUUCUUCCUUCUAGUUGUACUAAAGUAUAAAACAGCGACGUGAAAAAUAAUGCAAUUAUUAGAAAAAAGAAAGGUUGUACUUGUUAUAAAAUAGUAUAUCGGAAGGAGCAAUGAACCUAUUACGUAAAAUUAAAAAUUAAGAACCAGUAGUACAUACCAGUUUAUAAACUUAAAUUAGUGAGUAAGCAUUAAAUAAAUGCUUUGUUAAUCUUAGGAGGGAUUAGUUGAUCAAUGAUGUGACUUAUGUGAUUAUCUUGCUCUUAAAAUCUGACAUCUAAAACGUAAUGCUAUACUAUGAAUUUAAUAAAAAUUUAAGUGGGAUAAAAUGCCUUUACAUGUCAGUUUUAAGAUCAGAAAUGAUGAAUUACUGUAUUAAUCGGAGACUGAAAGUAAACGGCGAUCUCUUUAUAAAAAUACCAUGUUUAUAGAAAUUGUAUUUAGUAGUAUUUGAAAUCAUUCCACUCGCUUUAAGGGCUGUCGUGGCGUUGCAACAUCGCAGUUAUAAGUAUUAAGCUUUUUCUAGAACUCAUUUUUAAAAUAGGUAUCAAUUUUGUUGGGUACCUGCACAUUUUAAGCAUUGUUUUCAUUAGAUGCAUAGUGUUCAGAUAUUGGUGUAAGUCGCUAUGAAUAACUGCAAAAAGAUUGUGGUUUUCAUUUGAAAUAAUGAACAUUCAAAGAUAUUAUAAUUUUAUAAUCUAUUGACCGGCUAAUCAUUUGCUAUUUAUCUUAUCCCUUUCGGUGUUUUAUCGGUUUUUAUCAAGUAAGUUCUAAGUUUUAUAAUUUUAGACGGGACUGCGUUCAUGUCAAUAAUUAAAUUUAUAUUCGUCUACUAGCUAGUGGGACCAUAGCCGUAGUUCAUCGUUUGCAUAUCAAUAGUUGUAGAGAUUUUGAGACCAAUUUAGGCUACUUGUUUUUCUAUAAGAUGUGUAGUAUUUGUACAUAGAUAGUUAUGCAUUGAAAGCAAUCAAAUGAUAAUGGGAUAUGUUGGAUUCUGUUUGUGGUAUUUUCAAAAUAAUGUAGUAGGUACUUUUAAAUGCGUCCCGGCUUCCUAGAAACAGAAUAUAAUUUAGCUAUCCCAAAAUUAGCAAGCGCUAAUAUCCCGUAUGCGAAAGAUUUUUUACGGAAGGACUUGUUUGGAGUGUCAUGAUAAUCAUUUAACAUCAAACCAAACAUGUAGUCCACCACCUACACAAAACGCUUCUAGAAUACAAAGUUCCCAUAGAAAACAACAGCGUGUCUUAUAUGGAGCGACGAGUGUCCUACCAUAAAUGGACAUGAUAUAAUUGACCAUGCGCUUGCGCAUACAAAACGCGCACGCGGUGUUGCAAUGUCACGAAUAAGUUAAAAUUUGCUGUUGCAAUUUUCGUUUUAAUUAAUUAAAUUAUACAUCAUUUAGUGUAUUGCAUAGGACGUAACAAAUUGGCCAUGUAAAAUUCACGUCUCGCUCGCACACAGUCGUAAGGAGUGUGAGCAAACGAGAGGUGAGAUAAAAGCCAAAUUAUAUUUCCUAGACUACUUUAGUCGCCUCGUGGAAUGGUUAGAGCAUUAAAGAAUACCAGCCUAUAUUUUUUGUAGUUCGAGUCAGUAAUUUGACAUGACCAUCAUGGUGACGACUAAUUUUCUCACUUGAUUUUGAAUGUGAAUGACUAAAGAAAUACAUUUCAAAAUUGAUUGAGAAAUUAAGUAUUUCAGAGUAGGAUGAUCUGAUAUUUUUUUAUGAAAAUAUACCUAUUGCUGACUCGAGUUAUAAAAUAUCUGAGUUUAGGUUGUAUGCUUACUGAGAGUAUGAAGUUUCAUUCCAUCGUAGUGACGACACAUAGGAUUUGUCCCUUCGACCUCGAUGCGUUCGACAAUGUAUAGUUGUUUAGUGAAUAGAAUAAGGGUUGAAGGGACGCCGCCUUACUAUGAAUGA